UGAAGGUCACCACGUAACUCUGCUGUAAUGGCGUGUACCACAUGGACGGAAGUGAUCUCGUACUGGUGUGAUGGCGACGCCGGCUUUAACAUGAAAAACAAGUGGUUUGGAGCGCCUCCUAGCGUGGAUGAGGAAAUUAGAACGAAGUUCUCUGACUUGGUGGAAAAGGCCUUAAACAACGAACUCCUGGACUGGGAGGACGAUCCCGAUGGAGCUUUUGCGUUGCUGGUUCUACUGGAUCAGUUUCCUAGAACAUUGUUCAAGGGUACUGCCAAAGCAUUUGCAGGAGAAGCAAGAGCACUGCGCAUCGCGAAAAUGUUUAUUGGUCCCAACGCAAAGUGGAAUCACAAAGACAGAAGUUUUGCAGAGAAGCAGUUUGUCUAUCUACCCUUAGAACAUCAUGAAAAUAAGGAAUCGCAGGAAUUAUCUGUAAAACUCUACGAGGAGUUCGUCGAAGACUACAAAGGCACAGAAAAUGAAUGGAUUGCGGCCGCUUGUUUGAAAUAUGCAAUCGUCCACAAGGAGUUAAUAGACCAGUUUGGACGCUAUCCGCAUAGGAACGCUGCACUGGGCAGGACGAACACGACAGAGGAAGAGGAGUUUCUGGCCAACAUACCGGCCAAAUACCGCUUUUAA